ACAAAAGCUUUUUGUUAGCGACAGUGAUAAGAGUUUUUUUUUGAAGUGAGCGAACGUUUGGAGGACUAAAUGUUUAAGUAUAGUGUGCUGUAACCGCAACUAGUGUGAGAAGGCACGAAUCAAACUUCAUGGAGUUUGAAAGCACCAGCUCGUCUGAUGGCUGUACGGUGGAAAGUUAUUCCAAGAUGCAUCACAAGGUCGUGAUCAAGGAACGUGUAACCCCUAACCUAGAGCAUCUUGGAGGAGAGAGGUUGAGACGGUCUUGGGUUUUGUGCACUAACAAGACAGGAGGUGGUUUUGAAACGUUCAGUUCCAGUUUUAGCUCCUUGACAUCAGUCCUGAAAGGCUCGUUUGAAUUUUGCUGUCAAAACCUUUGUUCUGUGGACCCCAGAAAAAAAGGAUGGAAGAAGAGGCGGUCACCUUUGCUAGUCUUGAAGUACUUGCGCACUUGUGACUCAAAAUUGGAGACGCUGGAUGUUUACACGGAGACGGUUGGGCUGUACCUAGGACGGGGCACGAGUUACGUAAACACACUACUCCAGGGGCAGCAGCCCUGGCAGAUCGCUGCCAUCUCAGUCGUGGCUACUCUGCUGGCAGUGUGGCUCCAUGGCUUUCUCUUCAAGCAGCAAAGUAUUUCCUUACGACUAAGAAAUUUCUUCUUCAGAAUGAUGAGGAAAUUGCCAUUUCUGGCUGCUUCGAUACAGAAGCAACUUGACAAAGCACUGAAUGACCUGUCUUCAAGUGUCUUAACCCUGGAGGACGGAAUGACCUAUGUUACGUCUUUGCCUGCCCACGGGCUGACAGAAUCGGAUCUCCUCCUCAAGGUGAAAGAGUACACCGCAAUGGGGGAAACAUGUUGGGAAAAGGGCCAAGUUUCUGGAACAGUGUAUAGUGGCGAAGAGCAACUCACAAAGCUGAUGGUGAAGGUCUAUGGGGACUUUGCAUGGAGUAAUCCUCUCCACCCGGAUAUCUUCCCUGGCGUGCGAAAGAUGGAGGCAGAGGUCGUUCGGAUGUCUUGCACUCUCUUCCACGGGGGACCCGACUCUUGCGGGACGGUAACAUCUGGUGGGACUGAAAGCAUUCUCAUGGCCUGCAAAGCCUACAGAGACCUUGGACUGGAACGAGGGGUGAAGUAUCCUGAAAUCGUCGCUCCAGUAAGUGCUCAUGCUGCUUUCGACAAGGCUGCCCACUACUUUGGCAUGAGUAUAGUUCAUGUUCCAUUGGACAAAAAGACAAUGCAGGUGGAUGUGAAGGCCAUGAAGAGAGCCAUUUCAAAGAACACGGUUAUGCUUGUUUGCUCUGUGCCGCAGUUUCCACACGGAAUCAUGGAUCCAGUCGAGGAGAUUGCCAAGCUGGCCCAAGAUUAUGAAAUUCCUCUGCACGUGGAUGCCUGCCUUGGGGGCUUUCUCAUUGUCUUUAUGGAGAAGGCUGGUUAUUCUCUGCCACCCUUCGAUUUCCGCGUUAAGGGAGUGACGAGCAUCUCUGCUGACACGCACAAGUACGGAUAUGCGCCCAAGGGUUCAUCGGUUGUACUGUACAGCAACAAAAAAUAUCGCCACUACCAGUUCUUUGUCGCCCCAGACUGGCAGGGAGGCAUCUAUGCAUCACCUACAAUCGCCGGGUCGAGACCAGGAGGGAUCAUUGCUGCUUGCUGGGCAACCAUGAUGUUUAUGGGUGAAGAUGGUUACAUUGAGGCUACAACGAAGAUCAUCGACACGGCACGGCACAUUGGAGCUCAGUUAAAGAAAAUAAAGGAAAUCUUCAUCUUUGGAAAGCCUGAAGUAUCUGUUGUGGCUAUUGGCUCGGAUGUUUUUGAUAUAUUCCGGUUAUCGAAUGCAAUGAUGUCGAAAGGGUGGAAUCUCAACACCUUGCAGUUCCCUUCCAGCAUUCACAUAUGCGUGACGCUUCUGCACACCAGGAGUGGUGUGGCAGAUCGGUUUGUGGAGGAUGUUCGUCAGAGUGUGGCUGAAAUAAUGAAAAACCCCUCCGAGAAGACGACCGGCCGGGGUGCCAUCUAUGGGAUGGCGCAGUCGAUUCCUGAUCGCUCUCUGGUAACGGAAAUAUCGCACGGAUUCCUGGACUGCCUCUACAGCACCGAGCUUCCCGACAAUGAGAAGAGCCACAUGAAUGGAGAUUCAAUGCAGCACUGAACGGCACCAAGCAGCUUUUUAAUAAAGGAAUCAAGGAUAGACUGGCAAGAGAAAGUUUUAGAAGAUGUCUGAGGUGUUCAGAACCAAAUUCUCUUCCUUGCUUUUCGCAGGCAGAUAGAAAUCUGGGAAUACGCAAUUGGAUAAGGUGGGGUUGAUUCUUUCUUGUGUUCUAUUUGCCGCUUCUGAAGCCCAAAAGCCUUUAUUUUAUACCUUUUGUGGUAUCUUGUACCUGAAAUAAUUAAUUUGGCCCAUGAGCAGCACAAUAUCCAAAUAUGAAAUUUAUUUUUUUUUGUAAACAGAAAGGGAAUUGACAGAUUUUUGAGGAGGAUGUUCUAAUGGUUUGAGCAUUGGUGACCGAUUUGCUGAGGAUUUGGAGGCAAGUGGCAAUUCACCUUGAUGCCUUUCUAAACUUUCUUUCCAUUUGCGUGAAACGUCUUUGCGGAAUUUUUCUCAAAGGAGCAAAUCUCGUGUUUCGUCGUCACUGGUAACUCUCAGUGUAAACCUGCGCAAACGGGUUAGUGCCCGGAGAUUCGCCAGCUACCAGAGUUGGAGGAGGGAGUGAUGGAUGUUAAUUGCUAAUCUCAAGACAGGUUGUUACCCAGAUGAGUAAGAGACAUAAUAACCAAACGUCUGUUCAGUGCCCUGGAGGGGCAGACUCGGGUCUUUUUCACAUUGGAAUUGUGUUUGAUGUUCCAGCAAAAUGUGAUCUUUUGAGGGAAUCAUGAUCUUGUGAUUGAUGCAGACAGGAGGGGGUGGGAAUGUCAGGGGUUAACUAAAGAUUUCAUGGUUCAUAAUCCUAACCAAAUGGAUGAACAGCCUGGAAGCUCUAGUUUGCCAUGAAAUAUGAUUUCAGCUCACUCUUGCUGAUUGCGUAGUUUUGUCCCAUUUCAUGUAGAGGGCUGCACUACCUCGAACACAGUUCCAUUGCUUCCAAAAAUUGCACAAACAACGUUGCCUUUUGCCUCAACCAGCAGACUGUUUUGAACUCAAAAUAGAACCGCUGCUGUAGUCACUGACAGAUUGGAGACGGGUUUCUCUGCUGCCUUAAAAAUCGCAUUAAAAAAAAUGAUUGCUGUGCAAUUUUUGUUGUCUGAUUGCUCAAAUUGAUCAGAUAUUACAAAGGGAUGUGAUUUUUUUUUCAAUUUUAAGAAAUGACACCUGACUCGCUCCUUUGAGACUGUAGGAAUAUCUUCCUUCCAAUGUUCCCCAUUGUUGAAAUUAGUGGUUUGAAGUAUUUCAGCGUGUAAGAGUCUGUGUUUCACUCAAUUACAUUUGUGUCCGUGUUUUUGGAUACUUCUGUUGCUUCGUCACUGAGGCGGAGCCUGAGAUCACAUGUAACCUUAGGUGACGUCUUGAAAAUCUGCACUUACUGUAGCAUUUGCUCAGAGUGCGACUCUUGUGUCGCCAAACUGCACACCAGUGCACGCUUUAUCAGGGAGCACUUGUGAAUAAUAGUGGCAAGAUUUUAACGGUACUUUAAUGCUAUCUUUAAAAGUGGGCUUGGUUUUUACUAACUAUUGAACAUUAUUCCUUUUUCUCCUGGUACACGCAACUGCAAAUUCUGCUCUGCAGCAGUAAUCGUUAACAAAAUGUUCUGGGACACGCUUCCCAAAGUCAGCUGCCAGUAAAAUUCGUGCCACGUAAUUCCACCCCCACCCCCCAUCCUUCCAUGUUGCUGGUUGUGCUGUUAGACCCCUGCUAUGGCAGACUUGAAAAUGGAAACUUGAAUGAGACUGAAGCUCCACGAAACCCCCGUGACUAGUUAAUUUGAACUGUGACAUGCUGGCAAUGUCAGAUUAUAUAUUAGUGCCCACUGGGCAAAGCACAUACACUGUGCACUACUUGGUUAUUUCCCCACGUAGUGAGCUUCACCGAGUCCAAGCAGAUGAUGAAGAUGGGUGUGUAAAACCCCAGUGGUAGCACAGACCCACAGCAGCCAAUAGAAAGUGCACUACUUUUUCCCCCACCAGUCUGUGGCUCCAAACAGGUGGCACUCUGCUAGCAUGAAUGGUUGCAUCUCCUUCCAUCUUUAGAAGCUUGUCAUGUUUCUAAGAGAAUAUUUCUGUCGUGUUUCCUGACCUUUCAAAUAGGAGAGCCGUAAAGUGGUGUUUUCGCCUUUCUCCACAUUUAAGCCAUAUCUAACACCCUCACAUUUUAGCCUGCAAGAGUCUGUAAACCUAUUCCACUGACUUCUAGUUUUCCUGGUACAAACCUGAGGCAGUGUGGCCAAUGGUUCCGAACUCUGACUAGAUGUUGGGUUCCCCUUGAGCUGCACCCCUGCACCAUGCAAUCGGAAAUUACUAUAAGGUUUCAUAAAAUGAUUAAAAAAUUUUUUUGGUGUUCCCUCAGCUUUACUCAGUCACGUUUCAAUAGCAGGGAGAUGGACUGGCCAGUUUUGCACAGUAACCUGACGCGAAGAAGCUUCUUCCUCUCCUGUUACCCUAUAAACUUGUCCCACAUUUCUGUCCACUUGACAGUAGAUCAGGGUUGCAUGGUGCGUAGUUUCUUUAUUUGUGUGUGGCACUGGUCUCUGCUCAAAACGUCACUCUGCUGGGGGAAUUCUUAACUGAAGUUUACUGAGGAUUGUCUGUUUUGUGUCAGUUUGGUGCAAGAUGGAAGACAUUGAACUUGUGUGAAUUGUGAUGUGUGUAGUAACCAGAGGGGGCCAUUCCAGCAGGUGGUUUGUAUGCAGCUGUGCAAACUCUGCACCUCUGUAUUCCUUUCAGAAAAUCAUCCAAAUUAAUUUGGUGUAAUAUGUAUUAACAAGUUUGUAAUUGAUAUUUGGUAAUAAACUUAAUUUGUUGAAA